AUGGAGAUGGGUAAGGAACUCUUGGAUCCAACUGCUCUUACACCUGUUGUAGGCUACCAAUCACCCAAGUCGUCGCCUAGUUGGUCACUUCGUCGACAAAUAUUCACGCCUUCGGCGUUACAGAACCUAAUUGUUGAUGACCUCGCCGAUAGGAACACUAAUGUCCUUGUAAACGCCCGGCCCGGAUCAGGCAAGACCUCAACCGCUCUCAGUGUUGCUGAUCGCUAUCGCGGCCGAAGGAUCCUCUUCCUUACUUAUUCGAGGCGACUCAGAGAUAUCACUGAGUCUAAGAUGCAGGAUUUGGAAAGGAGCCCAGGAGCAGAGGUCGAGGUGGAAACCUUUCAUGAAAUGAUAGGAACUCUCUACAAAUGUCAAGUCGAUAACGAUCUUCUACUUCGUAAACUUAGACUACUCGGAAUGCAGCCGAACUGGGAUGGGGUGGCUCCCUACGAUCUAAUCAUCAUUGACGAGGUCCAAGACAUGACCCCAGAUCUCUACUGGGUAUCUCAGGUCAUAUGCUCCAAUCCGAACGGUCCAAAGCCACAGCUUUUGCUCCUCGGAGAUCCGCAUCAGAUGAUCUACGGCUACCGUGAUGGAGACUGGCGUUACAUUGAAGAAGGAGAUAGCAUUUUUAAUACCAAUCCACCUCAUAUCUGGAAGCGAAGGGAUCUCGACAUCAGCUUUCGUCUCACUGUCCCCAAUGCGACCUUGGCCAAUGAAUAUCUUGGCAAGGAAUAUGUUCAAGCAUCACCACGCCGUUGGGAAGCCAAACUCCCUAUGUACAUUGUAUAUGACCGCAAGGAUGAAGGACAAGUGGAUAAGCUCCUGGACAUCUUAUAUGCGAAGAUCCAAGACCACAGAGGAGUGGAAGACUCUGAUGGGUCACCAUCGGUUGCUAUUCUCUCUCCGUACAUCGACCAAAACUAUCCCUUGAUCCAACUGAUCAACCAAUUGAGUACGGAGAAGGGAGUUCUGUUCGCCAAGACCACGGAAGACGACAGCUCGAAGGAUCCACAGGUUCUUUUUGGCAAGGUGGCAUUGAGCAGUUUCCAUGCUUUCAAAGGCGCUGAAGCUGCUCUCACCAUAGUCUUUGGGGUCGAUACAUCUUCCGCCAUCCUCCGGUCUGCUCCAAGCGCUUCGACAAUGUCAGUAGACAAACAUCUCUUGAACCCGCAAUUUGUGGGCCUCACGAGAGCCAAGAAGGAGCUUAUCAUUGUACAAUCGCACUCUGAAAAUCCAUUCCCCGGUAUAACUCUGGACAGGCUCGACAAACUGACGACUUUCAUUGACCUGACCGGUCAAUACAAACCAAAGGAGAAGGCAAAACGUCGCAGUAAUCGUCCUCUGCGUGCGGCGGCUCUAGUAAAACACUGUUCAAUUGAUAUACAGGAGAAGGCGUUUGCCGAAUAUCUGAAGGUCAAGCAACUUUCCUCUCCACACUUGGACCAGCUUCCCGGCUUCGAACCGGUAGUGAAGACAAAGAUUGCUCCAGCUCUUUACGAGGGUGUUGGCGACCUCUUUGGCUUAGCCAUAGUGGAAGCCUUCCAGUUACACUCUCAGGAAAACCGACCAAAUUUCGACAUCUCCUAUAGUAAAGACGAUAUGAAGACAAUCAUAGACGGUGUGUGGAAGGAACACAGUCGUGUUUCCAGCUUGAUAUUUCGCAAACGACAGCUGCACCGGACGCGUUGGCUCGAUGCAGCAUCAUUGGCCCACGCCACCGAGCGUCUUUGUCAGUUCAUUGGAGCUGAGGACGACCUUACUUUUAGGGUCAUGGCAACAAGAGAAUUGGACUUGCCUGGUCGCCCAGCAGUUCGGAUCAAGGGCGUGGCAGACGUAGUUUGUCACACGACUGGCAGUGGCAAAGCCCCUACACUGUAUGCAGUCAAGUACAAGGGCCAGCUUGGCCCCGAAGAUUGCCUCCAGCUCGUUGUAAACGGCAUGCUCCAGUGUGCUCCACCCGAAGUUGGGCAUGCUGAGCGCUCGUUCCCACGUUUGAUCCUUAUCAACAUUGCAGAUGGUCAGGUCUUGGAGAUUCAAUCAGACUACGAGCGUGCUGAGAAGCUUGUAAAAGCUCUUGUGGCAGCUCGAGAGACACCUCCUAUGAUCGGGGAGAACUCUGAAGGGGGGAAAGACAGUUUUGCGGCGGACUGUGCUCGAAUCCGGGAGGAAGUUGAAGGUGCUUCACCCUUCAGGGAGAUCCCGCAACUCAGGUUCUGGGAUUAA